UUCGGAGGUUUGUUUGUCAUACCCAGACUCUCGAUCCGAGAUGUAUCAUUUCAUCUUUUACUCGUGCUGUGUGGGCGGGCUUUUCCAAUUAAUACUAGCCUGUGAACCAAUCACCGUUGAAGACUACGAAGACUACGCAAAGCAAAGACUUCCAUUGGCAUCACUUGAAUAUUUACAACGCGGUGCGGACAAGGACUAUACGCUGAAGAGAAACUGUGAAGCCUUUUCUAGGAUCAAAGUAAUUCCACGGUAUUUGCUAGAUGUUUCCAACCGAAGCACAAAAGCAGAAGCAUUAGGGAAAUCUUUUAAGCUUCCAGUGGGUAUUGCACCGUCGGGAUUACAGAAAAGAUGGCAUCCAGAUGGAGAGCUUGCGACAAUUCGAGCAUCGAAUGCCGCCAACACAAUAAUGAUCGUAUCAAGCGCAUCGUCCGUCAGCUUUGAAGAUGUAGUCAAGGAAGCUCCUGAUGCCGAAAAAUGGAUGCAGAUGUUUCUGUUCGAAAAUGACUCGAUUACCCAAGACUUUGUGAAACAAGCUGAACAUAUGCGUUUUGGAGCCAUCGUCGUAACUAUUGAUAUGUCGGUGCCACCCUUAAGAUAUUUUAACAAAAGGAAUAUGUGGAAAGACGUACACGCAAUGGCAAAUUUUGCCAGAUAUAUCGAUGAAGAUGGUAGGCCGUUACAGUUCAAGUUUCAUCAAGCUACAUGGAUACAACUGCAAAAAUUGAUCAAUUCAACAAACUUACCGGUAAUUGUUAAGGGAGUUGUUACUUUAGAAGAUGCCAUACUAUGCUAUCAGUACGGUGCUAAAGGAAUAAUUGUCUCAAAUCAUGGCGGUCGUCAAAUUGACGGUACAAUAUCCAGUGUAAGUUUGAAGGUUCUACUUUCACUGAUUGAGGCACUAUCAGACAUUAUCUCCAAUUUCCGAGCUCAAUUUCCGGCUUCCCGAAAUGAAUUUGAAAUUUAUUUAGAUGGUGGCAUACGCUCCGGCAUAGAUGUGUUUCGUGCCUUGGCUAUUGGAGCGAAAUUCGUAUUUGUUGGUAGAGCGCCGCUAUAUGGCCUCGUACACUCGGGACAACAAGGAGUAGAGAAUGUUUUAGAAAUAUUUCGAAGAGAACUAGACACCUUACUCGGACAGACCGGUUGUAAUUCGAUUGAAGAUAUUGGAACGAGACAUGUGAGAUACCAGUUUCCGUUUUAGUUAAAUGGUCAUGUCAGCUGUGCUCUUUAAACUAAUAAAAAGCGGUAAAAAAUAGAUAUUUCCACGACAGAGUAA